UUGAUCACUUCCUCAACUAAAACUUCUGUCGCAGCGAGGAGCCUUUCUUUCUCCGCUUUGAAAACCUUUCACCUGAUUUACUUGAUUUAUAAACACUUUAAUCUCCGUUUCUUCCCUUUAAUUUAUUCUUGUAUAACUUUAUACCGUAUGGGACGCAUUUUAAUUAGAUAAGGUCUCCAGUCUACUAUGGAUGAGGAGAGAGAGGAGGGGGGUCCUACCUCUAAGACCACUCUGUCUGGGGAACAUGGCCGCCGGAGCCAAGCUAAGAGCCCAGAGCAGCAGCAGCAGAGAGCAGACUCCCCUGGACCCAGCUGUGUCUCCAUGAAGAGCGACUGGUCUAUGGAUCAUCCUCCUGUCUUUAAAGAUGGACGGCCCUCCAGAGACGAGAGAAGGAGGCAGCAGAGAGCAGACUCCCCUGGACCCAGCUGUGUCUCCAUGAAGAGUGACUGGUCUAUGGAUCUACCUGCUAACUUUAAAGAUGGACGCCCCUCCAGAGAGGAGAGACACCAGGAGAGGUCAAAGGUUACCAGUGCUCAGUCUGUACAGCAGCAUCAAACAGAGCUGGAGAUGAACCAGGAGGAACUGGCCGACACACUGUGGGGCAAAUCUGCUGCUGUAGAGUGCCAAACUAAAUUCAAGUCUCGUUUGAAGAAGAAGUUGUGGAGUUUGGAUGAGGGAAUCACACAACGAGAGCAAAGACCUCUGAAUGAGAUCUACACAGAGCUCUUCAUCACAGAGAGAGGCAGUGGAGAGGUCAACCAGGAACAUGAGGUCAGACUGAUUGAAACAGCUUCCAGGAAACCAGUCAAGGAGGAAACACCAAUCAAAUGUGGAAACAUUUUUAAACCCUUACCUGGACAAGAUAAACCAGAUAAACCAAUCAGGACAAUAAUGACAACUGGAGUGGCGGGCAUUGGUAAAACCGUCUUAACACAAAAGUUCACUCUGGACUGGGCUGAAGGCAAAGCCAACCAUGACAUAAACUUCACAUUUCUCCUCACUUUCAGAGAGCUUAAUUUACUGAAAGAGAAAGAGUUUAGCUUGGUAGGACUUGUUCAUCACUUCUUUAUUGAGACCAAAGAAGCAGAAAUCUGCAGAUUCCACCGGUACCAAGUUGUCUUCAUCUUAGAUGGUCUGGAUGAGGGUCGACUUCCUCUCGACUUCCAGAACAACCAGACCUGGACUGAUGUCACAGAGUCCACCUCUGUGGACGUGCUGCUGACAAACCUCAUUGGGGGCAACCUGCUUCCCUCUGCUCGCAUCUGGAUAACCACACGCCCUGCGGCAGCCAAUCAGAUCCCUGCUGAGUGUGUUGACAGGGUGACGGAGGUGAGGGGGUUCACCGACCCACAGAAGGAGGAGUACUUCAGGAAGAGAUUCAGAGACGAGACGCUGGCCAACACAAUCAUUUCCCACGUCAAGAAAUCACGAAGCCUCCACAUCAUGUGUCACAUCCCAGUCUUCUGUUGGAUCACUGCUACAGUUCUGGAGGACAUCUUAAAGAGAUCCCAGAUAGAAGAGAUGCCCAAGACCGUGACUCAGAUGUACAGCUACUUCCUUUGGGUUCAGUCGAUACAGGGGGACAGGAAGUAUCAUGGGAGAGCUGAAACAGAUCCACACUGGAGUUCAGAGAGCAGGGAGAUCAUCGUUUCUUUGGGAAAACUGGCUUUUAACCAGCUGGAGAAAGGCAACCUGAUCUUCUACGAGGAAGACCUGGCAGACUGUGGCAUCGACAUCAAAGAAGCCUCAGUGUACUCAGGAGUGUUCACCCAGAUCUUUAAAGAGGAGUUUGGGCUGUGCCAGGCCAGGGUGUUCUGCUUUGUCCAUCUGAGCCUCCAGGAGUUUCUGGCUGCUCUUUAUGUCUUUCUGUUCUUCAUCGACACUGGUAUCAAUCUGCUCUCAGGAAAACGACCCACCUAUGGGGAAGAUAAACUCCUCCUCCUCUACCAGAGUGCUGUGGACAAGGCCUUACAGAGUGAGAACGGACAACUGGACUUGUUCCUCCGCUUCCUCCUUGGCCUCUCUCUGGAGACCAAUCAGAUUGUCCUACGAGGUCUGCUGGGACCGACAGGAACUAGCUCACUGACCAAUACAAAAACAGUGUCUUACACCAAGGAGAAGAUAAAAGGCAAUCUAUCUUCAGAGAGAAGCAUCAAUCUGUUCCACUGUCUGAAUGAGCUGAACGACCGUUCUCUAGUGAUGGAGAUCGAACACUACCUGAAACUACUGAAAUCAGGAAGCCUCUCCAGAAAAUCUCUCUCUUCUGCUCAACUGUCAGCUCUGGCCUUCAUCCUACUGACAUCAGAAGAGGAGCUGGACGUGUUUGACCUGAAGAAAUACUCUGAUUCAGAGGAGGGUCUUCUGAGGCUGCUGCCAGUGGUCAAAGCCUCCAAAACAUCUCUGCUCAAUGGCUGUCACCUGUCAGAGAGAUGCUGUGAAGCUCUGGCCUCAGUUCUCAGCUCAGACUCCUCUAGUCUGAGAGAGCUGGAGCUGAGUUCCAAUGAUCUGCAGGAUUCAGGAUUGAAUCUGCUCUCUGCUGGACUGGGGAGUCCACACUGUACACUGGAAACUCUCAGGCUCAAUGGCUGUGAUCUGUCAGAGAGAUGCUGUGAAGCUCUUGCCUCAGUUCUCAGCUCAGACUCCUCUAGUCUGAGAGAGCUGGAGCUGAGCUUCAAUGAUCUGCAGGAUUCAGGAGUGAAGCUGCUCUCUGCUGGACUGGGGAGUCCACACUGUACACUGGAAACUCUCAGGCUCAAUGGCUGUCAUCUGUCAGAGAGAUGCUGUGAAGCUCUGGCCUCAGUUCUCAGCUCCAACUCCUCUAGUCUGAGAGAGCUGGACCUGAGUACUAAUGAUCUGCAGGAUUCAGGAGUGAAGCUGCUCUCUGCUGGACUGGGGAGUCCACACUGUGCACUGGAAACUCUCAGCUUGUCUGGCUGCCUGGUCACACAGGAAGGCUGUGCUUCUCUGGCCUCAGCUCUGAGCUCCAACCCCUCCCAUCUGAGAGAGCUGGACCUGAGCUACAAUCACCCAGGAGACUCUGGAGCUGCGCUGCUCUCUGCUGGACUGGAGGAUCCACGCUGGAGACUGGACACUCUCAGUGUGGAGCACGGUGGAGUGUGGAGGCUGAAACCAGCUCUAAAGAAGUAUGCCUGUGACCUCACACUGGACCCCAACACGGCCCACAGACGACUCUCUCUGUCUGAGGACAACAGGAAGGUGACGCGGGUUAGAGUGGACCAGUCGUAUCCGGAUCACCCAGACAGAUUUGUCUCCCUGCCCCAGGUGUUGGGUAGAGAGGCUCUGACUGGCCGCUGUUACUGGGAGGUAGAGAGGGAAGGAGGGGUUAAUAUAGGAGUGACAUACAGAGGAAUCAAAAGGAGAGGAGGGGGUGGUGACUGCGGGCUUGGAGGGAACAACAAGUCCUGGAGUCUUAAUUGUUAUGAUGGUCGUUACAUUGCCCGGUACAACGGUAGAGGACCAGCCCUCCCUCCCCCCCCCGCUGGCUCCACCAGAGUAGGAGUGUAUCUGGACCGGCCUGCUGGCUCUCUGUCCUUCUACAGAGUGUCCCCAGGUGGAGGAGGGUCCUCAGACACACUGACACACCUCCACACCUUCUGCUCCUCCUUCACCCAGGAGGACCUCCUCCCGGGGCUCUGGGUAUGGGGGCUGGGGAGCAGCGUCUCUGUGUAAGUUAUAGACAAACACAGGACCUCCUCCCGGGGGUCUGGUUAGGGGGGCCGGGGGACAGCGUCUCUGUGAUCCCUCAGCCGUUCCCUCUGGGUAGGGGUCCUCACUGAGGCCCUCCUGGGGUCCUAGGGGGGGUUAGGAGGUGGCUCAGCGUCUUAGGACCUCCUCCCAGGGGUGUUGAUAUGGACCCCCUUAGGGCCCUCAGGGACCCCCGGGGGUCGGCUUCUCAGUGUCUCUGUGUCAGUUAUUCAAUUCAAUUCAAUUCAAUUCAAUUCAAUUUUAUUUGUAUAGCCCUUAAUCACCAUUACAGUCUCAAAGGGCUUAACAGGCCAAAUAUUUGUGACACCCCCCUUUACCCAUGCCCCCACACGGGCAAGAAAAAACUCCCUUGAAUCAGCAAGGAAGAAAUCUUGAGAAGAAACGCAGUGUAGGGGAUCCCUUCUUCCAGGGAUGGUCAGGAGUGCAAUGGGUGCCACAAAUGGCAUACAGGUAAAUACAUGUACAUCAUAUUAAAAUGGUGAUGGGGUUCUGGCCGGUUAUCCAUGAGGAGAGUCCAGGCAUUGACACACACACGCACACAUGGAGGGUGCGUGAGGGGGGGUUAUUGCCACAAUGGCAUUGUUACAGCCCCUUGGGUCCCAGCAGCUCUCUGAGGGGUCCUGCCCCCUGACCUGGACCCAGUCUCCAGUCCCAGGUCUCUGAGGGGUCCUGCCCCCUGACCUGGACCCAGUAUUCAGUCCCAGGUCUCUAAGGGGUCCUGACCUGGACCCAGUCUCCAGUCCCAGCUCUCUAAGGGGUCCUGACCUGGACCCAGUCUCCAGUCCCAGGUCUCUGAGGGGUCCUGACCUGGACCCAGUCUUCAGUCCCAGGUUUCUAAGGGGUCCUGACCUGGACCCAGUCUCAGCUCUCUAAGGGGUCCUGCCCCCUGACCCGGGCCCAGUCUUCAGUCCCAGGUCUCUAAGGGGUCCUGACCUGGACCCAGUCUUCAGUCCCAGGUCUCUAAGGGGUCCUGACCUGGACCCAGUCUUCAGUCCCAGGUCUCUGAGGGGUCCUGACCUGGGCCCACUCUCCAGUCCCCCGCUGGCUCUUCCUCAACUCACUGGUGUCUUGGGGUACAAUAAGCUCCGACCUCUGGAGACAUUUCCUCCAACACGUCACAACACACAACAGUGGAGUCUUCAUCACCUCUUCAUCAGUGUGUGGAGGGAGGAUAUUACCACACACACAACAGUGGAGUCUUCAUCACCUCUUCAUCAGUGUGUGGAGGGAGGAUAUUACCACACACACAACAGUGGAGUCUUCAUCACCUCUUCAUCAGUGUGUGGAGGGAGGAUAUUAGGAUAAAGUAAAUUAUUAACUAAUAUCACACUGAAUAACUAAAAUCUAUGACUAGGUGCCAAUUCCAUUGUAUCGCGCGCGUGUGUGUGUGCGCACGCGCGCACACUUAUACUCACCUAUUUGAAUGGCAUUCAAACGGCCGAUAAAAAGCGACAGUGUUACCCCUUACGUUUUAUUAGACGAUGGACGAUAAAAAGUGACAGUGUUACCCCUUAGGUUUUAUUAGACGACGGACGGUAAAAAGCGACAGUGUUGCCCCUUAUGUUUUAUUAGAGGAUGUUGAUAGUCUAGUGGCUGGCUUAGCCGUCUCCUGGUAUAUAGGUAAAAGUGUGAUUCCUAAUGUACAAAAUGUAGAUAAUAAUGUGAACAAUAAAGUAUGUCACGAUCAAUUUGUUUUAUUUAU